UCGAUAACUGGUGCGUUAGCAUACCAGAGGAAGCCAUGAGACAAGCAGGAGGGCAGACCUCAGGAUCCUUUACGGUUGCUGUUGUUGCGUAUAAGAACAUAUCUCAGUUCAGGGACGAGCAGAACAGAACGCUCUUCGAGAACCUCGUCAUCGGGGUGGUCCUGGGGAACUCCACUAUCUCCAAUCUCACAAACACAGUCAACAUCACCUUUUCUCACAAGGCAGGAACAAAGGGGAACAGAACAUGCUCUUUUUGGGUUCCCAUGGAAAACGGCAGAGGUCAGUGGAACACGUCGGGGUGCGUGACGAUCUCAGGCGACAACCAGACUGUGUGUCAGUGCCAGCACCUCACCUUCUUUGCCCUGCUGCUGCAAGUUCCUGGGACAAGCAGUGUGCUGAACCAGGUGGCACUGGUGGCCUUGACCUACAUUUCCCUCAUCGGCUGCGGAGUGUCAGCUGUGUUCUCAGUCCUCAGCAUUACCAUCUACUUUGUCUACAAGCAAGCCCGCAGAGACCAGACGGGCACCAUCCACGUGUGCCUGAGCGCCUCCCUGCUCCUGCUCUACCUGCUGUUCCUGGUGAACGAGAAGCUGGCGUCCCUGGGCAGCGGCGCCCUGUGUGCCCUCGCCGGGGGGGUCAUGCACUACGCCCUGCUCAGCAGCCUCAACUGGAUGGCCAUCGAGACGCUGCACCUCUACCUGCUCGUCGUCCGCGUCUUCAACUCCUACUUCCGCCGCUACGUGCUGAAGCUCUGUCUCUUCGGGUGGGGGUCACCGCUGCUGGUGGUAACCAUCGUCGGCUCCUUGAACCAGUAUGGGCGGCUUGAAGUCAAGACCGCAGGCAAUCAAACCUAUGGACACUUUUGCUGGCUGAAGACGGAGGAGCUGCGAGGGGUUUAUCUGCUAAACCUGGCCUACCUGGCCCUGCUCUUCCUCUGCUCCCUGGCGGUGCUGACUGCGGUCGCACACAGGGUCUGGGCCAUGCGCUGCUCCCAGCCCUCGGGAGGCAGUGGGAGGCAUGGCUGCAGGGACACUUGCACUGUGCUGGGCCUCAGCCUGCUGCUGGGCAGCUCCUGGGGCUUCACCUUCAUGGGCUACGGCCCCGUGGCUCUGCCUGGGCUCAUCUGCUUCUCUGUGGUCAACUCCCUGCAGGGAUUCUUCAUUUUCCUGCUUUUCUCCCUCACAAUCCUAAAGGCGAGAAAAGAAUUGGCUUCCGAGAUGGUCCUAUGCUCCAGCGAACAUCCAGCGACAUCCCAGGACAGAGCAGGCAGGGUGUGAGGGGAGAGAGGGUUCUGGGAACAGAAAAGAACAUAAAGGCACACAAAUGCUGCCUCAUAUUUUACAGCGCUGUACUUCCACCACACUGUGACAUCACACCAAAUUCUGAACUACGGAAAUAGGAAUCAUUUCCUCUUCAGCCUGGGGAAGCAGCAGCACAUAAUCCCGUUUCCCCGGGCGUACCGUCUUUCCUGAAACUUCUCAUUUUGGAAUAAAGAUUCUGAGUUUUUGGAUAACUUUAUCUUGUGUAUUUUUCUGUUUCUGGGUUUCUGUUUUACAUUUGUCCGUUGCUGUAGACGGACUGCUGAUGUGGAAUAUAGUUUAUGUGCAUGUGAUUUGUGUAAAGUAGAGGCAUGUUGAUAAUGACAACCUCUUGCUCAGAAACGUUUGCUUUUUUCUGUGCAGUUCCCUUCCACACUCUUUGGUUUUCCCCUGAAUAUUAUCAUCGUCUUACAUAAAUGCAUUAGAGAUGCUGAUAAACAUUUUUUGCAGCUGUGU